AGCACCGGGUAUUUGUUCAAAACACUGUUCGUGCGACCCCAUGCUUUUUUACGUGACAAUACUCCACGAAAGUUUUCAUGGCUGCCAACUUGUUGAUUGAAUAUCAGCUCGACACUAUGUAGCCAGCAAGUGGAGACCUCACGACGAUUCAUACGCAGGAUUAAUCACCGGAAUACAUACAUGGAAGCCGGAUUACUUGACCCAGUGAAAGGUCCGCACAGAACAGGACUUAGACUUGUAAGAAGUUGACAGCUCGAGGGUAAUCCGUGACUUGCAAAGGAUGUGAAUAAUCCGAGGAGAAAUAACCUCCAUAACAGACCUGAUUUGCCAGUCUUGCUAUUGGAUUUUAUCACACAGUGACAUACAACUUAUAAACAGGAGAUAUCGCUGAAGACAAGGAUUACAGAUCUAGAGAGAGUUUUUUCUUGGCCUGCAACCGGGGCUUAAGGAAACGGUGAAAUUCUGGACAUUUUUCUGCCGUUGUCGCUUGGCAAAACGACAGUCGCAACAAGGGCUGAGUCUUAUACUGUUGAGAUACGGAUGUGUGCGUUUGUUCGACUGGGAUACUCUAUGACAGAGGCGAAUCGUGACCUCUAGGUAUUGAGCUAGCUUAACCCGAAAUAGGGAGGGAGCAAGGCGACCACCCCAACCCCCUCCUCUCGGGAGUAAACAGGGCAAUGCUCUUUUACCCUUUCUUUUAGACACAUACACGUCGGUUGCAAACACAGAUGAAUCAGGACCUAUUUGCUUGAUUGCCUGAAACUGAAAUAUUCUGCAGUGUUUCACCUGCAUGCAUGGUAUGAUGUGGACAUAACUUAAAUCCCUAUCUGUGCAUUCCGUGUGUUACUGAACGAUUGGGGUUACUCUCAAAAUAAUUACGUAACCUUCGCAGCUUUUGAUGUCAGCUUAAUUUGGAAAUUUAUUAAGUAUUCACCUCCCUAUCGAAAAUAGCCUCUGAUGCUAAUAACAGUUUUUAUUGUGAAGAAGCCGUGUGUGGUUAGGCUGUGUGCUUGAACUACAUUAAACACCACAACAGGUGGAAAGGAUUUCACGUAUACCAGCGAGGGCACUAUCGGAUUUACCUGUGAAGCCCGGGCGACUAUGCAUGAAUGAGAUGACGUUUACUCAGGGGAUGGCGAUGGACGUGUCACUCAGGAUGAUGUUGUGGAUGCUGUUGGCGUUGUCAGUCACCUCGGCUGUGGAUGUAUAUGAUGUGUGUUUACCCUUGCCCGAUAAAAUAACUGAGAUAUUUGUCGAUGUCCAGGAGAGUACAUCCGUUGGUUCUGUGGUAAAGAAAAUGCAAUACAACGGCACCCACGAUGAAAUAAGGGUCACAGCAGAUUCUAACACGUAUUUUGAUUACAAUGAUACAAGCCAGGAGAUUAUUCUGAUCAAGAAGUUGGACGCUGACAGAGGGAGUGAAAGGGAGGAGUUCUCCAUGAGUUGUCAGCUGGCGACCUCCCCGGUACCUACGGUUGCUAUCACGGUGCAUAUGCUGAUCAAAGAUGUCAACGACCACCCACCAGUGUUUGAUGAGGACAAUUAUUACAUAAACGUCAGCGAGAUAACGCCAAAUGGAAGCGUGAUUCCAACGCCAGUUGCUGCAACAGACAGGGAUGCAGAUAAAAAUUCCAAUGGGCGUAUCUACUACAGCAUCCCUGAGAUGUACUCGUCAUACUUCGAGAUUAAAAACCCACUUAGCACUUCUCUUACGCUCAUCAGCCCGCUGGAUUAUGAAACAAACCCCAACAUGACGAUACAAGUCACGGCAAUGGACCAGCCCACUGGUGGAGCAACCCAGAUGACGGCAACAACGACGCUACACAUCAACGUUGUCGACAUGGAUGAUCUUCCUCCUGCUUUCGACGAACCUUCGUAUACAGGAAUCGUACCAGAACUCUCACCAAAGGGGAGAGUAGUGAAUGUUACAAAGGCCAUCUCAGCACGUGACCAAGAUGUUACAAUCAACGCCCCUCUGCGGUAUUCUAUCAAGAAAGCAACCAACGACUACUUCCAGAUAGACCCUGACACAGCUGUAGUGUCCGUCAACAACCCACCCCCUGCCCAGGAGUUCUCCAUCAUGAUCGAGGCAACACAAAUUGACAACUUGUUCAGGACAGACACGACCUUCCUGAAAAUAGUGGUAUCCGCCAUCAACAGCAAACCUCCCACCUUCCAACAGCCGGCCUACACAGCAAGCGUCCCCGAGAGCCUGCCGCUGGGUUCCACCAUUGUAACCGUCACUGCCACAGACACGGACUUUGGAUCGAGACUGCGGUACCUAUUUGCAAAAGAAGAAGAUGUUUUCACGAUCAAUGUUGACAGUGGCGUCAUCAAACUGAGACAAGCGUUGGACUACGAACGAGAGACUGAAUAUUCUAUCCCCGUAGUUGCCACUGAUGGACAGUUUAACACAACAGCCACUGUGACGGUGUAUGUGUCGGACGUUAACGACAACAACCCUGUCUUCACACAGAAGGAGAUCACAGUAGACAGGGAAAGAGUCCAAGAUGAAUUAAUAACGAAAGUAGAGGCAGUGGAUUACGAUGAUAACACUGUACUCAGCUUCACCCUGGCAAGUCAUGCAAGCCUAUUCGCCAUCAACGCACAAGGUGAGCUCCGAAUAUCGGCCAAUCAAGACAACCUGACGGAAAACCAAUACGACGUGGUUGUCAUAGUAACGGACAAUGGCGUUCCAUCCCGUCAGUCCUCAGCGGUAGUAAAGGUCAAGUUCCCUCCCCUGAAUCCGACAAUUGGCAACGUGACCAUGCAGGAAGCCGGGAGCGACGUCGUCUCCAUCUGCCUCGGCGUUGUCGCCGCCACUCUCCUCAUCAUCGUCAUCAUCCUCACGGUAUACAUAGUUAGACGCCUUUCUCUGUUCAGAAGACUCCAGAGCACGGAGCAGCUGGACAAGGCCAAGAACCGCAGCUCCCUCGACCCACGUGGUAUCAUGUUCAAGAAGCACCCUGGCUCCAGGGCCCCGUCGCGUGUAGCCAUCGACUUCUCCAACGAGGAAUCGACAGAUGGAGGCACGACACUGGCAGAGAACCCCUUCACCCUGGAUGGCAACAGUAACUAUGGCUACAUCCAUAGCGACGAGUCCGAGAAUGACCGAGACGUGGACGAGAUUCAGAUCGAGACUGCUGUUAUUCCUUACAGGAAUCCGGGCAAAUUCCCUUCUAAUGCCGCCGUCUUUCCUAAUAUGGAAGAUGAGGAUGGGCUACCUAUUAACGAGCUGAGUCAUUCGUAUCAGAACAGCUCCCUCAGCACGUUCAAGGAUUCCAAUGACAGCCUCCAUAGUGAUAGCACAAGCAGUAAGAAGGGACUUAUGAAAAGUAUGAACGGCAUCGGGACAAAGUCCCUUCCUAAUAAAAAGUUGUCGUGGGCGGGGAAUGGUGAGAUGCCUUCAAAUAAAUCACUGAAUAGCCUAGAUCACGACCCGGGUAUUUCGCCGAUUGACGAGAAACCAGAAAUAACUGUGUAUUUCUGAAGAAUGGUGUAUUAUUGUGUAUAACAUUGACCUUCGUCAGGCACUCUCUGACAUGUGCACGUGCAAUUCACGAGUGCGAGCACAAAGCUGAUUCGCCGAUAACACGUGAUACUAACACCACCGUCACCCAGCUGAUUUCCUGACCAACAAUUGACAGUAUUGGUGCAUUGGUGCACAAGACAACCAGAUGAUAUUUUUAUGGCAAUACGCUAGUAUUGUUAUAGGCUUAGAGAAUGCCAAGGGGAGACAAGGAGAUUGAACAAUUAACGUGACCUUGUUUGUGUCUUCUUUCAAGUGCUAUUUCUAAUGCUACAGUGAACAGUGCAAUGCUUGCAUCAACUCAUAGGUAAAUGCUGAUGGUCAAUUAUGUAUUGACUUCUGAUUUGUCUGAUUUGGUAGCUUGCUUGAAGCGGAGAGAUGUCAAGACAGCUGAUUGGUUCUUGUAAAGAGCUGAUUGGCUCUCUAACUGGCCUGCUGAAAUAUGUGUGUCAAGGACAGCUGAAAGGAACAUGUGGUUCGUUUACAGGAAAACGGCUUCGUUCGUCUUCAGGACAUCUAAUUGAUUCGUUUAGGAAUACAGCUGCUUGGUUCGUCUACAGGACAGUUGAUUUGCCCUUUUUGAGGACAUCUGAUUGGUUGGUUUCAAGGAAUACAGCUGAUUGGUUAGUUUUCUGGACAGCUGAUUGGUUCGUGUAACUAAGGGUUAAUGUAAAUAUGCAUGUGAGUGACAGAAUGGUCAUACUGAGAAACUCUUCAACCGUGGAAGCUCUUACCGGAAGGUUUUCAGUAGCCGUACGUUGUCCUCAUGGCCCAUGCAACAUGGACACAACGAGAUUGCUGGAAUUUGAGUGUAUGCGCCAUAACGUCAAGUGUUGUAUCAAGCAGAUGCAGACAUGGAACAAAAAUUCCUCUAAUAUCAUCAUUAAUACUACAGACUAGAUUAUUCCUUUAAGAUGUAAAUUUGAUGAUGGCUAUUUCAACAGAACUGAAUAUAUAACUCACACAAACAAUUCCUGUGGAUUGACAGUGCCAUCGUCAGAUUGAGUGAGUAUUGUUUUACGCCGCUUUUAGCACUAUUCAAGCAACAUCACGGCGGGGUACACCAGAAAUGGCUUUCUCUUGUGGUCAAUCGAACCCAGACCUUCGGCGUGACGAGCUAAUCAUUCGACAACCCACAGACACAUUCAUUUCUAAAGUGUGUCAAUGAAAGGAGAGCUCGGCUCGAGAUGAUUGGCAGCCCUUGGAAGUAAUUCAAUGUCCAUUUAGAAUCCCUGCUAACUCAUUUAUUUUUUUGUACGUCAAUCGAACAUUUUUUUCCCCUACAUACGCAGGUCUGACGUCUUCCAUGCACAAAGGGUAAAACUUACAACGUCUGGGCCUAGACUGGACAUGGUCACCAGAUCAGAGCAUGCCCCCUUUAAAUAUGAUCCGCAUUGAACAAGAAUUACUUCAUAACAAAUGUGCCUUAAUCAGAAUGAAGCAUUCGCGUCUAUCUUGCCCCAUGUGUGUCAUUCAUGUCAGCAUAAUCCAUGUAAUAUGGCGCCCCCUGUCUGAAAUGUUUAAUAUAUUCGUGGAGCGUCACGUGCACGCUUUGUACAUUGCAAACAUAAUGUCAUUAACCAAGAAUGUGAUGAUAUUCUGUAUGAUAAAUACAUGGCACUAAUCAAAAUCCCUCAUUGGAUCCUUUACACUAAGAUAUCUUAGUGCGGCUGUUAACGUGUUAAUACAAAGACCACUUUGUCUUGACACCCCACAUCAUAUUCAAGACAGAAAUAAAUGUCCAAUUUUCGUUCAACAAAAUAAUGAACAUUAAUGUAUUUACAAAGUUACAAAAAUCCUGAACUGAACAUUUUAUUAAGUUAAUCAUUUGUAUUGGCGAUUUACGAAAUUGAUUCAAAUAUACUAAAAUUAAGACAAUUUACAAUAAAGAUUACAAAAUAUUAUGGUUACAAAUUAUUGGAAGAGCGCAUACAGUUCGCAAUCGGUUGAUAAUAAACUGUAUAAAUCUAUUAACAUCAGUGGGUUGUAUGUCCCGCUUAACAUUCAUUCCUCUCUUUCCAUACUCUUUCAACAUGUAUAUAUAUUUCUAACACCUGUUACGUUUAUAUGAUCUGACCUAGUAUUACAUUGAUAUGAUCAUUUAUACGAGUAUAAGCAUUGUGAUUCCCCCAAAUGAUACUCCAAAUGUGAUUUCACGAGAAGAUAUUUCUUGAGAAAUAAAGUCUUUCCAGAA